GGACUACAUUCGUAGACUAAGCAUCAGCUGAUUAUAGUGUGGGUCCCCUAUUUGCCAAAAGACAAGGCACCCGCAUUGAUUGUCCGUAGAGUAUGCAUCCAGUAUAUCGUGCAUGACCAUCUCGUCGCGUCGCUAUCUGAAUCGAGCUCGAGCAAGCUGGAGACUGGAGACUGGAGACUGUGUGUUGUGCACUUCAAGAUAGGGAAGGAUGAAUUUACAUUAACGGAGCAGAUAUCUAAUCAUAAUUAUACCGAUCUCUCAUCUCUUGGACAAGAAAGCUUUUGUUCAUAAGAAACUUAAGCCAAAGCCCAAAGACAAUAUUGUAAAAUGGGGAUUGUCUCCGGCCCCAGCCGAUUCACCAGCAAUGGCAUCAAGAUUUCUCUUCCUGCGGCAGUCACUAUUACGUCUUGGAUCAUAAUCUUGGGGUUCAUGCUGAGCAUUCUGUGUGCUGUACUCAUCAACUUUGAAGAUACUACAGAGACUCAUUGUCAUGUCCCAAAUUUCCUCCCCUCUUUUAGCGCAGCCAUUGCCACAGCACCCUCAUCCUACAUAUGGCGGCUGACAGUGACGCUGAGUUCAGCCCAGAGAGUGACUGCAGUCUUCGGUCACUACUCCCUCUACUCUAGCCUACCCGAUUCCACAGGAUUAUAUCAGUUUCUAUGUCAGCUGUGUGCGGUACUAGAGAUGACAGAGAACCUGGCCCUCAUUGGGCUCACAUGUGUGUCAUCAAGAGAGUUAUAUGAAAUUCAUGAGAUGUUUUUUAUAACGUUCCAAGCCAGUUCCAUGUUGUACAUGAUGUUUAUGUGCCUCCUAUUCCGAAUGGCAACAAACCUUGGUCCAGCACCCACUGAAGGAGAGAGACACAUUCUCCAUAAAAAGCUUGCCCUUUUCUUCACAAACCUGGUGGCAUUUAUCUCUGCUAUGUACUUCUUCUUCAGACACAAUUGGUACUGUGAACCAGGAGUAUACAGCUUAUUUGCUUGCUGUGAAUAUCUGGUAGUCAUCACCAACAUCAUCUUUCACAUCGUAGUAUCGACUUACUUUGAAGAUAGAGAGCUGAGACUUGGAUGCAGGAUAAACAGCAAGAAAUGAACACUUAAAUGUGACUCUUCAAACAUCGAUGUCCACGCCCCAAUAUAACAUCAGGAAAGCAGCAAGAUGAUGGCAGCUGAACACAAAGUUAAGAAAAUUUGGUAACCAGUUUAGUUCGGAAAUAGCUCAAAUUUCUGGUGAAAUGUGUCAGUAGACUUUAAUGAUGAUAAUAUCAGGUAUGCACAUAUGCAAGGGUUGUGGAGGGAUGGAUAUUUGCGCUGAAACUACAUGUAGAUUACAAAAAUUAUGUUAUUUAUUGCCUCAUAUCUCAUUCAGGCAUGUGGUAGUGAACGGCUAUUUAAAAAAAAUACCACAUAAAUUAAACAAGAAAAGUAAUGUGCUUUACGUUUCUGUAUCUUACAACUCUCAGAUCAGUGAUUCAGUUUUCCUUCAUCAUUCAUUAGGCCUGAAAUAAAAACUUGUUGUAUUGCCCUUUGCGACCGACCCAAAAAUCUGAAAAUCUAUAGUUGGCAUUUUU